AUGCCCAAUCAAUAUCUUCCACAUGUUCCUAUGGAGUUGGUUGAACUAAGACUCCAUCAGCUAUGGAAGAUGAAUGAUCACAUGACAGAUGAAGUUAUGCAACAGGAGCUGCACAAGGUAUUCAAUACAAAGAAAUACUGUCUAGAUGUCACAUCAAUUGAUGCAGAUAUGUCAUACUUAUGUACUAUCUACCCAACAGCAGGCCACACAGAAAUGUGCAAGCACCUUAAACACAUAUGUGGCAUACUUGCUCCUGAAGGUGUGGUUGAAGACUGGUUCUGGAUGAAAGAGCUGGUGCUGUUUGCAGUCAAUGACAUUUGGUGUCUGGACCAACAUGACAAAUGGAAAGUUCGAUUUGGCAUCUGUCUAUAUGGUUGCGUGGAUCCCUUCACAGGAGUUCUGAAAUGGAUGAAUGUUUGGUGGAACAAUAGCAAUCCAGUUCUCAUCAGUUGUUAUUACCUUGACAUGGUUGAAUGGAUGGGUGGACCGCUCUUGAUGCAGAGUGAUCUUGGUAACAAAAAUGGUCACCUGGCCCGAGCUCAUACAUUUUUGAGGUAUUGGCAAGAUCCCACUUUAAUUGGCACACUUCAACACUGCUGGAUGCGGGAGAAGAAGAAUUUGCUGGCUGAGAUCAUCUGGAGUGUUCUAUGCAGAUGUUGGUCACCUGGAUUUGAACAUCUGCUGCAGGUUGUGUUCCAUUAUGUGUUCCUGCCUUGGCUUCAAGCAGAAUUAGAUGUAUAUGUCUCAGAGAACAACAACACAAAAAAAUGUCAUAAUCAGAAGAUUUCCAGGCCAAACAGUGUCCCUUUGCUUAUAGAACAAGCACCUGAAUGCUUUGGCAGAAAAGAUUUCAAGGCAAGAGCAGGAAUGUGA